GUGGAAACCACAGUAGAGUUUCACAGUGACCAGUCUUGGCAGCAUAUAUCAGCAAUAUAUAGCCUCGAGUAACUUGCAACAUCUCACAGUUGCUCUUAGUAACUCAGCGUCUACAGUCCUACAUCUGUGUCUACUUUCUCAGUCUUGAAAAUGAAAGUCACUCUACUCCUUGCGCUGGUGUGUGCGUGUGUAGUGGCUGUGUUGGGUAGUGUCAACCCGCAUGCCUCGACUUACCGCCCACCAAGGGUCAAGAGGGAUGAUGGCGGCUGGGCGGUGGGGGCAGACACCACGAGGAACGGCGGCACUGUGGUGCGGGUUGACAGUAACAAGAAAUGGGACGUCACAAAUGACGGUAGGGUACAAGCGGAGGUUCACGGCCACUGGGAGAGGACUUACGGAGGCCCCAACAACGGCCAGAGAGACCGCGGUGUUGGCGGCAGCAUCGGUGGAUCUUGGGGCAAAUAAUUUAAUUGAUGUUUGUUGGAAUCAAAAUUCCAUUUUUUGGUUUUUAAUUUGUAAAAUAUAGUUUACAUGUAUUUAAACUAUAACAAAAUUGUUCCUAAUUUUCAAUUCUUAAUAGAUUUUAAAAAUCUAGCACCAAUAGUGUUACUUGAUAUUCAAGUAUAAUGAGUGUAAAUAUGGUUUGAUUGUUUUAUGUUUUAAUAAAAAAUUGUGAAUUCGUA